GAGGAGGAGGGAAGGGACGGGGGAAGAAAAGAGAGGCACCUUUGGUAUGUCACCGGCGUUCCAGAGAAUGACAAUCAUAUUUGCCGGUUAAUCAGGGUUUUGGAAUUGACCAAGAGGAAACGCAUGUUUUGUCGUGAUGACACAAUCCUUGUUGGCAUAGUUGUUUAACAUGAGGGAACUCCCACAAGGAAAGGCUUUAAAGCACUUAGCAAGGGUUGAGGCACUUCUCAGACGCUGCCGGGAAAGAGAGGGAGUGUUUGCGUGUUGAUUUCGGUUCCUAAUAGAUGUCAGAAUGAACUCCGGCCAAGGCUUCUACCACUUCUCUUCUGGAUCUCUCAGGGGUGCUGCAGGAUGCAGCUUCGCACACGUCGGAGAUCCCUACAGAGCUGGCACUCUGCAUGGAGGGAGUGGCGGCUGUCUACCUGUCCCCAUGUCCUUUGGAGCACCCACCUGGCUGGCCUCUGAUGCCGGGGCAGGCUGGGGGGGCUUCGGCGGGAGCCACGGGGACAUCUUCAUGGGAAGGAACGAGAAGCAGAUGAUGCAGGACCUGAAUGACCGCUUGGCUUCCUACCUGGAGAAGGUGCGUUCUUUGGAAGAGGCCAACACUCAGCUGGAGGGCUGCAUCCGGGACUGGCACAAGAAGAAGUCUCAGGGCACCAAGCACGACUUCAAGGAUUACGAACAAAACAUCUCAGACAUGCACGAGAAGAUUGAGACUAAACGGGUUGCCAAUGCGAGCAUCGUCCUACAGAUUGACAAUGCUAAAAUGGCCACUGAGGACUUCAGGCUCAAAUAUGAGGCAGAAAAGGCCCUGCGGCAAAGUGUGCAGGAUGACGUCGAGAACAUUCGCAAGGAACUCGACAACAUGACAAUCAUCAUAACAGACCUGGAAAUGGAGAUCGAAGCUCUCCGUGAAGAUCACAUCCUCAAGAAGAAGGAACAUGAGGAGGACAUGCAAGCACACGGCGCUUCCAAGGACUUCAAGGUGAAUGUGAAGGUGAAUUCUGCUCCACAAGAAGAUCUGGCCAGGAUUCUGGCAGGGAUAAGAGCGGAUUAUGAAGCCAUUAUUGAAAAGAACCGCCAAAGCCUUGAUGCCUGGUUCCAGAAGCAGGUCGCCAGUGAGUCUAUGGAAGAUGCGCCCAGCCAGGAAGAACUACAGAACAACCGGAAGGAGAUCUCCGACCUGAACCGCACUCUGCAGAACCUGGAAAUCGACCUACAGACGCAGCUGAACAAGAAAUUCGCCAUAGAGAACACCUUGGAUGAAACCAAGUCUCGCUACGCCUUCCAGCUUCAGAGCAUCCAACACAUCAUCUCCAGAUGUGAAGAAGAGCUCAGCCAGAUUCGCAACGACCUCAAGUCUCAAAAUAACCAAUACAAGGUCCUCCUGGGAGUCAAAACCCGACUGGAGAAGGAGAUUGCGACUUACCGCGAGCUUCUGGAUGGAAAGAUUGAUGGAAUGACGGGCUCCACUUCAAGCUCUAGAGGAUAUGGAUCUCCCAGCCAACAUCUAACAAAAAUCAUUCAGGAUAGUGUGGAUGGACAAGUGGUUGCUACACAUACUGGUGAAAUCAAACGGCAAGCUUGAGGUCAGCACCUUGAAGAAAAGAAGCACUUACACGCAGGAUAGAAACUCCACAGAAGUCCAGCUUUCCAAGAAAAAGAACCCUGUUCUUCAUUCACUGAUAUACUUUGGGAGCCUCGAAUCUAUUUUCCUCCUUUUGCCAUUUACAUGUUGUCACCCAAACCAAUUCUAGUUUUAUUUAAUAUGAACGCAAAUAGUUUGUCCUCUUCUCUCGGCUCCUACUUCUUUAAAGGGCACGAUACAAAUAAAUUAAAAAUGUCAUGGA